AGUUAGCGCGCCGGUUGACACGGGACUGAUUGAACGUGACACAAUCAGAUUGCUCUCCGCGAAACUGUAACCGUUUGGCGGAUAUCAAGUUUUCUUCAGUUCAAACAUUAUCUGUGUCGCAAACACUGUGAUUUCGGUACAUUUUUAUUUUGUUUGAGGAACUUGGUUGUUUUGCCUGUUGUUACAAUUUUUCUGGUUAUGAUGCGUUUUGUGUUUUCCUUGUUCCCGCUGGUGAAGCAGCCACGAGUUCAAAGGAGGGCAGAUUUGUGCCUCAGCCUUUUCUAACCGGUGACGACUGAAACGAAGUGCGAUCAAACGACUCCAGCUGUGCCCAUUGACGAAGUCAACUGCGCCGCGACACGCAGCGGCUCGAGCUCCUGCAGGAUUUAGCGCUCAAGCCAGCCUCCUCGACGCACUGGUCUGGUGCGAAAGAGACACUUUUCUCUCUCUCUCUCUCUCUCUCUCUCUCUCUUUCUCUUUCUCACACACAGACAAUAAACCAACAUUGUCUACCCUUGUCACCUAUCCUCCCCUUUCUCUCGGACUCGCUCACAUCCAGCGCCCCGAGAACGAAGUUGUGUCCAGCGCACCGACCUUAGCCGAUUUCCGCCCGUCGUUGAUCCGACGCAGCCCAACCCUGGAUUCAAUACUUUUAAUCAAUGGACAGAGCCUCCUCAACGGCCAGCAGAGGUACAGACACGCCAUAAGCAGUGAGUACAGGCCCUUACCCUCUGGCAUUAGCUCCCCCUGGUGGUUGGAGGGGGAUGGAGCGCGGUGGUGGGGAGAGCCCCCGUAUGCAGGACAGUCCUGAGCGGGAGCGACGGGGGGGCAGCCCGGAACUCAGCGGACCACCGCCAGGGAAGAUGGGGCGUCUGGAGCGCAACGGGAGCCCCACUGGGCCAUGUCUCCUACACCACAACGGCAACCCACACGGACCCCUGGGAGGUCUGAUGAUCCCAGUAUUCUGUGUGGUGGAGCAGGCAGGGCUGGACGGAGGGAUGCAGCGUGAGGAGGUGGAGAGGAGCGAGGGCCACAGGGAGGAGCAUGCUGAGUUUGUCCUGGUCAGGAAAGACAUCCUCUUCAAUCAGCUGGUGGAGACGGCCCUGCAGGCCCUGGGGUACUCCCACAGCUCUGCUGCUCAGGCUCAGGGCAUUAUCAAGGUGGGCCAUUGGAACCCUCUGCCCAUCCACUUCCUAACAGACGCUCCUGAAGCCACAGUGGCUGACAUGCUGUUGGACGUCUAUCACAUGGUCACUCUCCACAUACAGCUACAGAGCUUUGCCAAGCUGGAGGAUCUUCCGUCAGAGCAGUGGAACCACGCCACGGUGAGGAACGCUCUUAAGGAGCUUCUCAAGGAGAUGAACCAAAGCACACUGGCUAAGGAGUGCCCACUGUCACAGAGUAUGAUUUCCUCGAUAGUAAACAGCUCCUACUAUGCCAAUGUCUCCACUGCCAAAUGCCAGGAGUUUGGACGCUGGUACAAGAAGUAUAAGAAAAUCAAAGGAGACUAUCAGGAGAAGAUGUGGUCAGGAAGAGAACAUUCUGAAAUCAAAGUGGAGAGAGACAGCCUGGCAGACUUCUAUGUCCUGGGCCAGCGUCCCCCUCCCCACCUGGCCAGCCUGAUCCAGCUCAGCCACCUCAGAGGGGGUGGAGGUGCUCUCCUCAAGGGUGGCUCCGGGGACCCCCCCUCCCAACCCUCCCAACAACAACAACAAUCCCAACAACAACACCCCCUCGCCCCAUGGCCAGCACCACAACAGCCCCCUCUACGUGGCCAGGUCCCCCCUCCCGGCCCUCCAACCUCCCUCCAACCUCUCCUCGGCCCAGGCGGGCUUCUCUCCCCCCAGCUCAGCCCUCAGCUGGUUCGACAGCAGCUAGCCAUGGCUCACCUCAUCAACCAGCAGCUAGCUGUUAGCCGCCUGCUAGCCCACCAGCAUCCACAGGCCCUCAACCAGCAUUUCCUCAACCACCCUCCCAUCCCUCGCCCUUCCAAGGCAGGGGCCCCUGGGGACCCUGGGAGCAACCCGUCUGCUGCGGAGGUCUCCAUUGAUAUCUACCAGCAUGUCAGGGAGGAACUGAAGAGGGCCAGCGUCUCACAGGCUGUGUUCGCCCGCGUGGCCUUCAACAGAACACAGGGCCUGCUGUCGGAGAUUCUGCGGAAGGAGGAGGACCCUCGCUCUGCCUCUCAGUCCCUGCUGGUCAACCUCAAAGCCAUGCAGAACUUCCUCAUCCUCCCUGAGGGGGAGAGAGACCGUAUUUACCAGGAGGAGCGUGAGCGCAGCAUCAACCCCUCUGUCGGCCUGCCCCCUACCCCUACCUCCAGCCCCGGGGGCCCCCGCCUCUCUCAGGAUCUAUUUAGACCGACCAUCACUAACCAUGUCCCAUACCACCUCAUGCAGAAGGUGUGGGAGAGAGGUCUGGACGAACAGCUCACUCCUGAUGCCUGGGCUGCUAUCUGGAAAAACAAGACCAAAGCCUCCUCUGUGCCCAAGCCACCAGGCCCCAACCCAGACCUGCCCCUGAAGCUGGAGUCUCUGGUCAACAUCACGUCAGGUAUCUAUGAUGAGAUCCAGCAGGAGAUGAAGAGGGCCAAGGUGUCUCAGGCGCUGUUCGCCAAGGUGGCUGCCAACAAGAGCCAGGGCUGGCUGUGUGAGUUGCUGCGGUGGAAGGAGAACCCUAGCCCAGAGAACCGUACUCUGUGGGAGAACCUGUGUACCAUCCGGAGGUUCCUGACCCUGUCCCAGACAGAGAGGGACAUGGUGUAUGAAGAGGAGUCAAGGCACCACCACAGUGAGAGAGUCCACACUGUACUACACCUGCCCCAAGACCCACAGUUCUACUGUUUUUCUCACCAGGCGUUGCACAGGCAACUCCCACAGCCCCUGAAGCACCACUCCCCCAUGCGCGAGGACCCCGUGCCCGCCCAGGGUAACGAGGAAGGGUCACAGAACGUUGAAAGAGGUGGUGGUGGGGGUGGCUGCACGGGCGGCCCAGGAGUCGGUGGUUCCAUGGUCGUUAAGAAGCCUCGGUCGCGCACUAAGAUCUCUCUAGAAGCCCUGGGCAUCCUGCAGAGCUUCAUCCAAGACGUGGGUCUGUACCCCGACCAGGAAGCUAUCCAUACCCUGUCAGCCCAGCUGGACCUGCCCAAACACACCAUCAUCAAGUUCUUCCAGAACCAGCGCUACCAUGUCAAGCACCACGGCCGGCUGAAGGAGCUGGGGGAGGGGGCUGGCGGCGUGGACGUCAGCGAAUACAGAGACGAGGAGCUCCUCUCCAGCUCAGAAGACCCUGAGUCCAGUGAGGAUGGUCACGAGGAGAUGUACCCCACUACUGAGAGGGAAGGAGGGGAGAGAGAGAGCAACGCAGCAGGGUCAGCCUCUUCCCUGGCCCCAGCCCCAGGCCAGUCUUCAGUGACCAGUAUGGGAGCCAUGGAGGAGAGCAAGGACAAGGGGCAUUCUUAUGGUCUGGGUGGGGGCCGAGCCAGCUCCCUGCCCCCUAGUAGCUCCUCAUCCAGUCCCAGAGAACAGGCUGACUUCCAGAGAUAGAGACCCAGAGACUAGAUGAGACACUGGAAGAGAUGGGCGGAGACAUGAGAGACAUGAGAGACAGAGAGACAUGAGAGACAGAGAGACACGAGAGAGAGAGAGAGAGAGAGAGAGAGAGAGACAGAGACGAGGGGAAAGGAAUGGGAACAAAACACUGGGAGAGGGGAAGAGAGGCAUAGAUGAGACAAUGAGAGACUCACUGACACACACACACACACAAAUAUAAACAGACAGAAGCGAUCCUAAGGAGGGCUCGUCAAAGAGGGAUUUCAGUAAAAAUACAAUUUGUUACCUCAGCAACAGGGAUAUGCCAUGAAAGAGCAGCCAUGUGGAACAGUUAGAAUAGUAUGUUCACUGAACCAAUAGACAGAGAGAAAACCAAACACACACAUCUCACCCCUGUCCACAAGAGGAACUCGCCACAUCAACACCACUCUUGAAUUGAGCCAAUCCCAAAAUUCAGCUUUACCCAAGAGGGCCGGCUCUCAUCUGCUCUGUCCAAUGACUACUCUCCCUAAUGUCUCAACCACACCCACAUGCUGAGCACUUGUCCUGAUUUCGAUGUUGGGUCUUGAGUCAGGCCCCUAACUGACACUCAUAGACUGAAUACUGGGGGCCUGCUCAGACCUCCUUCCUCCUAUGGUCCCUCAGCUCCAGAUCUACAGCACAUAACUGGCUGCUGUAGCUGUCCUCCAACUCCUCCCCCUCUCCGCCCCACUAGUCAUUCUAGUCUUUGGUCUUUGACACCGUUGGCAGUUUGAGUGGGUGGUUGGACAGCGGAUGGGUGUUGGGUGGAGGUAGGAACAGUGGUAUGGGGGAAUUCACCAAUGAUAAACACAUAUGGUUUAAGUCCAGAAUGGAAGCUUAUGGUAUUUAAAAAAUGCCCCCUACCCCCUGCCCCCUACCCCCUAACCCCUGCCCCCUACCCCCUAACCCCUGCCCCCUAACCCCUGCCCCCUGCCCCCUACCCCCCACUCUAAAUAUGGUUCUUUCUCUCUAUCACUGUACAGCAGUUAUUACAUACUGAGGUUUAAUAUGGCCACUGAGGUUUAUGAGGACACUACUAGCUGAACAUAUCAUGGUUUAGGACAUAAAAGAGGACAGCCUUGUGAGGACAAUGAGGACCCAGUGGUGUACAAGGACACUCAGGAUAACAGUUACUCUGGUCUGUCCUCUGUCCCCCCUGCAUACCCAACCUCUCCCUAUGUGGAGAGAAACAGGGAGGGACACAACAGAAUGGAGGUUCAGCAAUCAAUCAAUCAGCAACUUUCUGUGCGCUAGCCCACCCCUUCACUCUUCCUCUCUCUUUCCCCCAUCCCUCGUUCCCUUCUUCAUUCUCUCUCUCUAUAAUUGGUGCCCACAGUGUCCCCUUCCACCACACCUACCCACAUGUAACUUCUCCACCAUAUUUAUUGCUAUCUUUAUCCAUGAUUAUCAUUAUCAUUAUGGUUGUUAUUGUUGUUAUUGUUGUCAUAGCUGUUUAUUUUUUUCCUCUAUUUUCAUGCUUGUAAUAUUGGCUUUGGUGGUUGUUUUGGUAACGUGAGACGUUUUUUGAGACAUGAGAAACACACACUGCCGAACAAGAGCGGAAGAAAAACCAGAAAAGAAGCAGUUACUGUGACAUUUAUCAAAGUAGAAAUCCAUGUUGUGUCUAAGCAACUCACACGUUUUUCCAAAGGGAGACGGACUGAAACUGGAAUCCAAAGAGUAAAGGAAACACAAUGAAUUAACUGAGGUUUUGUUACAGAUGUUACCAAUCUGACAUGUUUGGAGCCGUUGGACAACACGGCAGGCUUGACCUCUGUGUGUUAUGUACAAGUGUGUCUACAGUUCAGUACAAAUCCUUAUCUGAGAGCGGGUACUUAAGUCGAAGGAUGCUAGAGAGAGGGAAUAGGGUGACAUUGGGGGCACAGACAAAGUAACAGAGUAACCAUUAUUUACCUGUCUGUCUCUAGGCAGCUGAAUGACCUGUCUUGUACUGUAAUUCAUUAAUCAAUCAUACAAUACAUUGUGUUUUAUCGCUAUGAUUCUGUCGAUCUUUAUGAAUCAGGGUUAAAUCUUGUUUCUGUAUGUCAAAUGUCAUGUGAUCCAGUGACACGCCAUACACAUAGAGGACUGUCAUAGAGGACUGUCAUAGAGGACUGUCAUAGAGACUGUCAUAGAGGACUGUCAUAGAGGACUGUCAUAGAGGACUGUCAUAGAGGACUGUCAUAGAGACUGUCAUAGAGGACUGUCAUAGAGGACUGUCAUAGAGACUGUCAUAGAGGACUGUCAUAGAGGACUGUCAUAGAGGACUGUCAUAGAGGACUGUCAUAGAGACUGUCAUAGAGGACUGUCAUAGAGGACUGUCAUAGAGGACUGUCAUAGAGGACUGUCAUAGAGGACUGUCACAUCCAUCAGAGAGUGAAUACCAAGCCAUGACCCAGAACAAGUAUUUUCAUACUUCCCCAGUUCCCACCCCACGUCCUGCCACAACACACACACACACACACAUGCACACGGACACGCGCACGCACGCACGCGCACGCACGCACACACACACACACACACACACACACACACACACACACACACACGCACGCAGAGGGACUGUGGCUAGCCCUGCAUUUCUCCAUGCCAAUCAAUUAGAGGCCUCCCUAAAGCCUCAUGACUGAGGUUUCUAAUAAGAGGCAGCGCACAGGGACUCACAGUAAUUCACAUGGAAAGGCUGCUGGCUGAAUGGUUGGCUGGGUAGCAGGCUGGUUGGCUGGGUAGCUGGCUGGCUGGUUGGCUGGGUAGCUGGCUGGCUGGUUGGCUGGGUAGCUGGUUGGCUGGGUAGCUGGC